AUGAAAGUCUUUUCGUGGGGUGCUAAUAGCCAUGGUCAGUUGAGCCAAGGUCAUACUGAGGAUCUGGUCUUACCUACAGAGUUGCUCAGUUGUCCAGUAUCAGCUUCAGAAAUUGCCUCCAUCACUGGUGGUGGGGGACAUUCUCUUCUGGUCACAAAAAAUGGACACAUUUAUUCAUCUGGUUCAAAUGAUAGAGGAGAAAGUUGUGGAGAGACAAAGGUGAAAUUGAAUUUCACAGAAAUCUUCUUUAGUUCUCAUCGAAUUGUGCAAGCCACAUGUGGUUGGGAUUUUUCAUUGGCCCUCACAGAUAACGGCCAGGUUUUUACAUGGGGAUCUAAUAGUUUUGGUCAGCUCGGUGUCAGUUACAUCACAAAAUCAUCUUGUCCUGUUGAAGUUUUCAUUGGAGAGACUGAUUCAAACCUUGACCAACAGAUUCCUUCACCAGUGACACAAGUGGCUGCUGGGAUCAGGCAUUGUGUUGUCUUAACAGAGAACAAUGAAGUUUAUACUUGGGGUGCAGGAAGGAAAGGCCAACUUGGAUUUUUAGAUUCUGAUAAAUGUCUGAGCAAAUCAGAAAAACCAGUGAAAUUAACAGGUUUAAAAAAUCCCGUCCAGGUCAUUGCUGGGUCUUUUCACAGCGGAGUUCUGACAGAUACAGGAGGCAUUUACAUUUGGGGUUGCAACAAAUAUGGCCAAAGUACGCAGCUAAAAUCCAAAAUGCUACCAUUACCAACUGAAAUUCCAGUGAAUAACUUUCCCUUGUUGACUGAUGAUUUUAUUAAAGAGCUUCACUCAGGAUGGUCACAUCUCCUUGUACUGACCAAAAACUGUCAGCUUAUCAGCUGGGGCCGUUGUGAUUAUGGUCAACUUGGACGACCUGUCCUUCAAACUGCAAAUGGAGGGAAUUAUGAUCCAAUACCACAGACAAUUAAGGCUUUAGACAAAUGUGUGUGUAAAGUGUUCUGUGGAGCUGAACAUAAUAUUGUUAUUGUAGCUGGAGGUAAAUUGCUGUGUUGGGGUUGGAAUGAACAUGGUAUGUGCGGUAAUGGGGAUGAAAUCAACCAACCAACUCCUGUACCUUGUUUGAUAGCUGACGAAUUUCACACACUCACUGCUGGGUGUGGCACUGGCCAUUCUUUUGCGAUUGUGAAUGUCUAA